CGUUAUAUACUCUAGAGUAUAGCAGUUCAGUAUCACCAGCAAUGCUCCGUAACAGUUUGAGGAUACCAUUGAGAAGGUUGGCCACCAGUGCCGACCCAGCAGCAACUCCAAAUCGUAUCCACGGUGGAUUGAAGGAUCAAGAUCGUAUUUUCCAAAACGUCUAUGGCAAGUACGGCCAUGACUUGAAGUCAGCCCAAAAGAUGGGUGAUUGGUACAAGACCAAGGAGAUUAUAUUAAAGGGAGACAAAUGGAUCAUUGACGAAAUGAAGAAGUCCGGUUUGAGAGGAAGAGGUGGUGCAGGAUUCCCCUCUGGUCUUAAAUGGUCAUUCAUGAACCCACCAGGCUGGGAAAAGAACCCAGGCCCUCGUUACUUGGUUGUCAACGCCGAUGAAGGUGAACCAGGUACCUGUAAGGACAGAGAAAUCAUCAGAAAGGAUCCUCACAAGUUAGUUGAAGGUUGUUUAUUGGCCGGUCGUGCCAUGAAUGCCACUGCUGCCUACAUUUAUAUCAGAGGUGAAUUCUACAACGAAACCACAAUUUUACAAAAUGCCAUCAACGAAGCAUACAAGGCAGGCUUACUCGGUCAAAAUGCCUGUGGUUCUGGUUACGAUUUCGACAUCUUUAUCCACAGAGGUAUGGGUGCCUACAUUUGUGGUGAAGAAACCGCUUUGAUCGAAUCCAUUGAAGGUAAGGCCGGUAAGCCAAGAUUGAAGCCUCCAUUCCCAGCUGGUGUUGGUUUGUUCGGUAGACCAACCACCGUUGCCAACGUCGAGACUGUCUCCGUUGCUCCAACCAUCUUGAGAAGAGGUGGUGACUGGUUUGCUGGUUUCGGUCGUGAAAGAAACGCUGGUACCAAGUUGUUCUGUAUUUCUGGUCACGUCAAUGAGCCAUGUACCGUUGAAGAAGAGAUGUCCAUUCCUUUGAAGGAAUUAUUGGAAAAGCACUGUGGUGGUAUAAAGGGUGGCUGGGAUAACUUGUUAGGUGUUAUUCCAGGAGGUUCAUCUGUUCCAGUUAUGACCAAGGAUGUGUGUGACAACAUCUUGAUGGACUACGAUGCCUUGAGAGAUGUUGGUUCCGGUUUGGGUACUGCUGCUGUCAUUGUCAUGAACAAGCAAACCGAUAUGAUCAGAGCCAUCCAAAGAUUCUCUGCUUUCUACAAGCACGAAUCUUGUGGUCAAUGUACUCCAUGUCGUGAAGGUACUACUUGGUUGCAAAAGAUGAUGGACAGAUUUGUCAAGGGUCAAGCCACCGAGAAGGAAAUCGACAUGAUCUUCGAGUUGACCAAGGAAAUCGAAGGCCACACCAUUUGUGCUUUGGGUGAUGCUGCCGCAUGGCCUGUUCAAGGUUUGAUCAAGUCUUUCAGACCUCUCAUGGUGGAAAGAAUCAACCAAUAUAACCAAGAACACGAACCAGUCAAGGUUGGUGGAUGGGUUGACGCUGGUAAGGUCAAGGAAGGAAAGGUUGUGGAGAACCCUUUGCCAGCUGCUCAUCACUGAGCUCUGACUUGAGCAUUUUAUUCAUAGAUCAAUGAUCACAUCGCGCAUGCACAUAUAUAUUAGUACACAUAAUUGUUCGAUCCAGUAGGCAGUGGCGUACUAAGCCAUCAACAGCGGAGGGAACCGACUUCAGGGAAUUAUUCUUGCAAGCAAAUGAAAGCAAGAGAAUCGGAGGAUGUCUAAGAGACAUAACCACCUUGAAUUUCUCUAUGUCAAGAAAAAGUACUCCAAGCAGGAAAGUCUUCAAGUAAAAAACAUGUCAAUAAAUGCACUCUGAGCAGUAACUCUACAAUUAAAGAACAGUAUGCCAAUAAUCU